GAGUCUCGGUGCAAGCAGUGACCAAAAUGGCCUCGGCAGACAAAAAUAUCAGGGCAUGGACAUUCACACACGAAGGCUAUCCCAAAGCUCUACACAGAUCGACCUUGCCAUCACCCCCGAGACCAGCGGCAACGGAACUUCAUGUCCGAGUCAAAGCAGCAGCGCUCAAUCCUGUGAAUAUUCAGUUGAUGAACCUUCCCGUAUGGAGAUAUCUUCCCGCUUUCUUUGUUGGUCCUGACAAAGGUGUCUGUGAGGACUUUUCGGGUGUUGUCGAAGCCGCUGGCAAGGACAGUGGGUUUGACGUGGGCGAUGAAAUGAGUGGAACACUUCAAGAUGUUAUUGCGAUAGACACAAAGUCCAGCGUUGUAGUGAGAAGGCCUCGAGAUAUGAAUUGGGAACAGGCUGCUGCAUUGCCAUUAGUCUGGUUAACAGCACGCACAACAACCGCCAAUGUCGAAUCUCAUAUUCAGAAAAGUGGUCGACUGGCUGUAUUGGGAGGAAGUUCCGCUGUGGGCAUGUACGUGCUCCAACUUGCCAAUCAGCGAGGUUGGAAAGUGCUCACUACAUGCUCCUCCCGCAAUACGGAAUUCGUGAGGUCGAUGGGUGCAACAUCUGUUGUCGACUAUAACACGAGUGACGUGGCACAAGCUAUUCGAGAAUAUGGCCCAGCAGCUAUCAUCGACUGCGUUGGCGGCACAUCGUGCAUAGAUCUAGCAAAGAGAUACGUCACCAUCGUGGGCGACAAGACUGGGCGUGACAGUAUGGGUGGAGCAGCGGUAUACCUCUGGAAUCCCCAGAUGGUAAUCAGAACGCUGCUUGGAAGGAUGGGCUUGGGGAAGAGCUACGAUUGUGUCAACCUGGAGUUCCGCAAAGAGUGGCUAGAAGAGACAGAGAGCCUCGACCGUAGCAAAAUCGUUCUUGACAGCACAUGGGAGUUUGAUCAGGCAGGAGAGGCUUUCGCAAAGUUGAAUACUGGACGAGCGAGAGGUAAGGUGGUAGUCAAGGUGUGUGUA